GCGCGCAUGUUGUAUGUUGUCACAAAACGUGUCCCAGUACAUGUGCUGUGUUCAUGGACUUGUGGCUGCACGUUAUCCUCCAGUUCAAAACGUCGGUCAGCUUCUCGAAAUCUGUUAGUAGCGUUGCACUAAACAUGGCGUCUCUGGGGCGGUGCACCGUCCGUUCUCCGCUCCCAGCGUUGGAGCGUCGGCAGUCUUCGAGCCCACGCAUCGGACGCACAUGCACCGCACGUCGCUACUGUGGCGGAUGAACUUGUUUUUAGUCUCCUUUACGUUCAAAUUUGUGUUUUCACGACUAAGCUGAUGGGCCACUUUUUUGCAGAGCCCAUGGAGGAACAAGUGACGGCACUUUCGCCGCUGCACAGUAACCAAGUUACUGAGGUCACGGCCGAGACGAGGGCUGCCAAACGCAAGUCGAGUGGCAGCUCGAACACAACCCCGGGCAUCAAGUGGUACAAGCAGAAGUUUCGAGACUCUUGGCUGCAGGACGAGCGCUUCAAGAACUGGCUUGUUAGCGUGCCGAACGAUCCGUACCGUGCCAGGUGCAAGCUGUGCAACGCCGAUCUGAGGGCGGGCAAGAGCGAGCUGGAAAAGCACGCGCGCACCAAACACCACCGCGAUACUGUCAAGGCAGUCGAGGACGUAAAGGCCUUGUUGGGCUUCGCCAACCAAGCCGAAGCGCAGACGCUGCCGGAGAUUGUGACUGAAAUGCAGUCCGCCGAUCAGUCUAACAAUUCGUUCCAGGUGCAGGAGGAAGAGCUGUCGCGGCCCAUGACCACACUUGCGCCACGGAGAAGGAGAUCGUCCCCACCACCUGUGGCUUCAGCACCAGCUGUGCGGUGCCACAUUCCACCUUUGGGCAUCUUACCCCAAGUGCAGUGCCAUGCACCUGAUUUCAAAGGGAUAGCUGUGGUGGACAGCCAGGUCCGGGAAAUCCAGCUGAGCGACUAUGAGGGGAAAUUCCUGUUGCUGUUCUUCUACCCUCAGGACUUCUCCCUUGCUUGUCCCAGUGAGCUCGUUGAAUACAGUGAGCGUGCAGCUGAAUUCCGGAGCCUGAACACAGAAAUCUUGGCAAUAUCCACAGACUCCUACUGCACACACCUUGCCUGGACUAACACGCCUAGAAAGCUUGGAGGGCUUGGCAAGGUCAAUGUCCCCUUGAUGUCGGACUUCACAAAGAAGAUCUCAAAGGACUACAAUGUACUGCUUGAAGAAACAGGCACUGCAUUGAGGGCAUCAUUUAUUAUUGACACCAAGGGUAUGAUUCGUCAGAUCACAAUCAAUGAUGUGAACUUAUACAGAUCAGUGGAUGAGACACUUCGGUUAUUGAAGGCACUGCAGUAUGUUGAAAAGCAUGGUGCAGCAAUCUGUGCUUCGUGGGAACCGGAACCUGCAGGGGCACGUGGGGGUGAGCGCACUAGUGUGCGCAGCAGAGUGGAUAAGUGAUGCCUGUAAUCCGAGACCUGAACGCACAUCCAGGGUCAUUGCUGUCUGCAUUGUGGCUAUGAUCAUUGUCUCCUUUAAUGUAAUAUCGCAUUUUUUUUUUCUCAUCUGUAUAGUACUUCACCUGCACUGUAAAUAUAUUGCAACACUUUAGACUGCUGUUGUAGUGCUCUCAUAUAAUUUUGUCACUUAAAGAGGGGAGUGUUUUUGGACAUAGGGGACGUGUAACAUCUCACAUGCAUACUGUUUUGCUUCUUGUGGCAGGCACAUGUGUUGUUGGGAGGCUGGAGAGCCUGUGAACGGAGGUGCUGGGUGUUAUCCAUUGUUGCUGAAUCAUGUCUUUACAACUGUUUUCUUUUUAAGUUAUUUUUAGAAAUAAAAAGCUAGUGCAUGAAUUGUAUUGGAGGCUAUUUACUUUUUUGUUGGCUAUCUAAUCCUUAUAUUUUUGUUUGUGUCCAAUUGUGCCUGUUGACAAGAAAUUAAAUUGCCUUUUUUUGUAUCAUAACAUUGAACAUGCACUUAUGUUUGCCCAUUUCCUCAGCAAAAUAAAUGCCGUUGUCCUUGGA